ACCCGUUCAAAUCUUUUGUUCGUCGAUCGUUUAAUUACACCACAUCGAGGUUGCGUGACAGUGUACAUCAUUACCUCUUACUUGUGUAACAUGGCGACUGCACGGUCAACGAUUCUUUCCUUUGCUCUCGGUCUUGUUUUUGGGGUUUUUGUCGUUUCUGUUCUAAAUCGGUUCAAUCAGAAGGAGGCUCUGCAACAAUUUUUUGUUCCAGAAAAGGUCCAUGAAGGAGAUAUUACACAUAAAAUGAUAUAUAGAGGACGGAACUUCAAAGUCGAUUCACCAGUGGAUUUUAAUGUCGAUGCGAAAGACCAUCAUCACCAUCUGUCUUUGAAUAAGGAGGCUCUUGAGGAGCUAAAGAAGAUUAGGAUUUUGUGCUGGGUGAUGACGAGCCCUUCAACGCUGCACGUCAAAGGCAAACCAGUGAAGGAAACAUGGGGGAAGCGGUGCAAUAUUCUUUUGUUUAUGAGUUCAGAAGCGGACCCAAAGUUUCCCGCGAUCGGACUCGAUGUUCAAGAGGGACGCGAGAACUUGUGGUCGAAAACCCGAGCUGCUUGGGAUUAUGUUUAUACUCAUCACCUUAACGAUGCUGACUGGUUUAUUAAAGCAGACGACGAUACGUAUGUUAUCAUCGAAAAUCUCCGACAUUUUGUAUCGAAAAGGAAUCCUGACGAACCGUAUUUCCUUGGAAGACACUUUAAGACAUUCGGUGGGUACAACAGCGGCGGAGCUGGAUAUGUAUUCAGUCGGGAAACAGUUCGUAGAUUCAAGAAAGCAUUAGGAGAUACUUCCAUUUGUUCAACUACAAGCUUUGCCGAAGAUGUGGAAGUUGGAAAAUGUCUCAAUGCCGUUGGAGUGAAACCCGAUCAAACAAGAGAUUCCAGUGGAAGAGAGACGUUUAUGCCGCUCCCCCCAGAACACCACUUGAUUCCUGGAUAUUUACCUAAAGAUUUUUGGUUAUGGUCGUAUGAUCGCAAUCCAACUAAAGAAGGACCUGAGUGUUGUUCAGAUCAUGCCAUCACUUUUCAUUACAUUAAUCCAAACAAUAUGUAUGUGAUGGAGUACAUGGUUUACCAUCUUAGGCCUUAUGGUAUGGUUCAUGAUGAUCAUGCUUCUGCUGAGGGUUCUGGAUAAGCAAAACGAAAAUAAACGAUCUGGUUGUCGGUAAAGUUAAAAAUGAGACGCUGUCAAACCUGUAUUAAGCAGCACAGUAUUAACAUUUUAACUCUCAAAAGUAAUUGAUAUGUAACAUCUCCUGAAAAUGUCCACAUAAUUAUUAUCCAGCAAACACGCAGGUAGAGGUUGGUAUCAUGAUCACACACCAAAUUCUUGUUACUAAUUCACAAGGAAAUGUGUAGCAGCUAGAGGAGAGAAUUGACAGUCAGAUCUUGAGUGCUGAGGGUUAAGUAAGCGGUCAGUUUUCAAAGACCCAGUAUAAUAUCCUCGUAAUUACUUUAAUUUUCACCUCUAGGGAUCACCUCUACCUGUUUGAAUGGCCACUGACAGAGAACCACACAUCAAGUGGGUGACUGCUUAAUACAGGUUUGACUCUUAAUUUCAAAAUAUACAUAAUAUAUGGAUUUAGCCAAGCCUUAAAGCGGA